AUGGAGUCUCAGGUGCGCCAGAACUUCCACCGGGAGUGUGAGGCUGCUAUCAACUGUGUUGUGAAUUUGGAGCUGCGUGCUAGCUAUGUCUUCAUGUCUAUGUCUUGCUACUUUGACCGUGAUGAUGUGGCCCUGAGGCACAUGGCCCAGUUCCUGAUGGAGCAGUCCCAUGAGCACAAGGAGCAUGCAGAGAAGUUUCUGCAAUACCAGAACAAGCGAGGGGGACGCAGUGUCCUGCAGGACAUAGAGAAGCCAGAGCGGGAUGAGUGGGGAAACAGCCUGGAGGUCUUGCAGCAUGCUCUGCAGCUGGAGAAGACCUUGAACCAGGCCCUGCUGGACCUGCAUAAAGUGGCUACAGAGCAGAAUGAUCCUCAUCUUUGUGACUUCCUGGAGUCUGACUACUUGGAGGAGCAGGUGAAGGCCAUCAAGCAGCUGGGAGACCACCUCACCAACCUGAAGCGCCUGGGAGUACCCCAGAAUGGCAUGGGAGAGUACCUGUUUGACAAGCUCACCCUGGGGGAGAGCAGCUGA